CUAAUCUCCGAGCAAGCCCUGAACGCCUCAUCAGACGCUCCGGGUUCCAGUCGGUGCAGACCACGACCACCGAACAUGGGAAGCAGCGGCAGCAAACUUCACUUCAGGAAGGCGGUGAUCCAACUCACCACCAGAACCCAGCCAGUGGAAGCGACAGACAACACGUUCUGGGAUCAGUUCUGGGCCUACACGUCCACCACGGUCCAGGAUGUCUUCGCUCUGGUUCCGGCGGCAGAGAUCCGAGCUGUGAGGGAGGAAUCUCCAUCCAACCUGGCAACGCUGUGCUACAAGGCGGUGGAGAAACUGGUACAGAGCGCGGCGCGCGGGUGCCCCUCCGAGAAAGACCACCAGCUGGUCUUGAACUGCACGAGGCUCCUGACGCGCGUCUUGCCCUUCAUCUAUGAGGAUGCCGACUGGCGAGGCUUCUUCUGGUCCACGGUGCCCGGCGUCGCCCGGAGUGGGCGUGAGGAGGAAGGUGUUGAUGAUGAAGGUCGGCCCCUCGCCGAAUCCCUCCUGCUCGCCAUCGCCGACCUUCUCUUCUGCCCGGACUUCACCAUCAAGAAGAACCAUCAGUCGCAGGGCGUCGGUGUUGACGUGGAAUUCAUCGACAGCUGCGAGUACAUCUGGGAGGCGGGCGUCGGCUUCUCUCAGUCGCCGCCGCUCAACUCCGCCCACGACCGCAACAGGGUGGAGCUUCUAAAGCUGCUCCUCACCUGCUUCUCGGAGGUCCUCUAUCUGCCGCCGCCGGCUUCUGACAACGCUUGGGUGGCGUUCUUCUGCUCCUCAGCAAACAGACACGCCCUCCCUCUCUUCACCUCGCUGCUCAACGUGGUUUGCGCCUACGACCCUGCGGGAUACGGCAUCCCGUACAACCACUUCCUCUUCUCGGACCGCCGGGAACUGCUGGUGGAACAAGCCCUGCAGGUUCUCAUCGUCGCUUUGGAGCAGCGAACCAGCCUGCCCUCCGCCGUGGACUCCAUUGUGGCGCCCUCAGGAGGGGAGGAGCCAGACUCCAGCUCCCUGGAGAACCUGUUUGUCAAUUACCUCUCUCGGAUCCAUCGUGAAGAGGACCUGAGCUUCAUCCUGAAAGGACUGAGCCGCCUCCUCAACAACCCGUUGGUGCAGACCUACCUGCCACAGUCCAGCAAGAAGAUCCACUUCCACCAGGAGCUCCUCAUCCUCUUCUGGAAGUUCUGCAACCUCAACAAGAAGUUCUUCUUCUUUGUGCUGAAGAGCAGUGACGUUUUGGAUCUGCUCAUCCCGAUCCUCUUCUUCCUCAACGAAGGCCGUGCUGAUCAGUCCGCCGUGGGUCUGGUGCACAUGGGCGUCUUCAUCCUGCUGUUGCUGAGCGGUGAGAGGAACUUCGGCGUGCGUCUCAACAAGCCGUUUACGCUGCGCGUACCCAUGGACAUUCCGGUUUUCAGCGGGACCCACGCUGAUCUCCUGGUGGUGAUCUUCCACAGAAUAAUGACCAGUGGACAUCAGCGUCUGCUGCCGCUCUUUGACUGCCUGCUCACCAUCAUCGUGAACAUUUCUCCUUAUCUGAAGAGUUUGUCCAUGGUGGCGUCCCAAAAGCUACUGCACCUAUUGGAGGUCUUCUCCUCGCCGCAGUUUCUUUUCACCGCCGUCCACAACCACCAGCUGGUCUUCUUCUUGCUGGAGAUCUUCAACAACAUCAUCCAGUAUCAGUUUGACGGGAACAGCAACCUGGUGUACACGCUCAUCUGGAAGAGGAACGUCUUCCAUCAUCUCGCCAACUUCCCGGGUGAUGAGCUGUCCAUUCAGAAGGCGCUGCAGAAGAAGAGGAGGAGGAAGUCCGGAAUGUCCAGGAGCAACUCCGAGACGGGAUCCUCACUAAGACCCGCAGCGCAUAAUGCCGCAGAGCACGGAAUACCAGGAAUGGACCCGACAACCGACAAGUCUCAGGUGUGUGAUGACACCGUGGCCGCUCCAGAACCAGCGCAGACGGCCGCAGACUGCAGCUCCAUCACCGGGACCAGCGACACCGAGUCUAGCUUGGAGAGAGACCAGGAGAUGACUCCAUCAAACACCGAAGCCGGGAGUCUGGAAUCUAGCAUCUCGUCUUCUUCGUCCUCCUGGACCGCCAGUCCGGACUGGGUGCUGUCCUGGAGGUCCAAGCUUCCUCUGCAGACCAUCAUGAGACUGCUGCAGGUUCUGGUCCCUCAGGUGGAGAAGAUUUGCAUCGACAAGGAUUUGACCGAUGAGUCUGAGAUCCUGAAGUUCCUCCAACAUGGAACGCUGGUCGGCCUUCUGCCAGUGCCGCAUCCCAUUCUGAUCCGCAAGUCCCAGGUGAACGCCGGCACGUCCUCGUGGUUCCGCACGUACAUGUGGGGCGUGGUUUACUUACGCAACAUGGAUCCGCCAGUCUGGUACGACACGGACAUACGACUCUUUGAGAUCCAGAGAACCUAAACCAGCCUCUUCUCAGCAGAACAGCCGCCAAAGCCGUCAUCAGCACCGCAUGUAGUGUGUCAUGUAGUAUGCUGUACAUCAUGUAGCGUGACAUGUAGUGUAACAUGUACCGUACUGUCAUAUAAUAUAUCACGCGAUGUGGCAUGCAGUAUGUCAUGUAGUGUGUCGUGUAGUAUACUGUACAUCAUGUAGCGUGACAUGUAGUGUAACAUGUACCGUAGUGUCAUAUAGUGUGUCACACAAUGUGGCAUGCAGUAUGUCAUGUAGUGUGUCACGUAGUAUACUGUAUAUCAUGUACUGUAGUGUAACAUGCGGCAUGCAGUAUGUCAUGCAGCUUGACAUGUAGUGUGUCAUGUAGUAUACUGUAUAUCAUGUACUGUAGUGUAACAUGCGGCAUGCAGUAUGUCAUGUGGCUUGAUAUGUAGUGUAACAUGUACCGUAGUGUCAUAUAAUGUAUCACGCAAUGUGGCAUGUUAUGUCAUGUAGCUUGACAUGUAGUGUGUCAUGUAGUAUACUGUAUAUCAUGUACUGUAGUGUAACAUGCGGCAUGCAGUAUGUCAUGUGGUGUGAUAUGUAGUGUAACAUGUACCGUAGUGUGACAUGUCAUGUCAUAUAGUGUGUCACGCAAUGUGGCAUGCAGUAUGUCGUGUAGCUUGACAUGUAGUGUGUCAUGUAGUAUACUGUAUAUCAUGUACUGUAGUGUAACAUGCGGCAUGCAGUAUGUCAUGUGGCUUGAUAUGUAAUGUAACAUGUACCAUAGUGUGACAUGUCAUGUCAUAUAGUGUUUCACGUAACGUGGCAUGCAGUAUGUCGUGUAGCGUGAUAUGCAGUGUAACAUGUACCGUAGUGUCAUAUAAUGUAUCACGCAAUGUGGCAUGCAGUAUGUCAUGUAGCUUGACAUGUAGUGUGUCAUGUAGUAUACUGUAUAUCAUGUACUUUAGUGUAACAUGCGGCAUGCAGUGUGUCAUGUAUCGUGAUAUGUAGUGUAACAUGUACCGUAGUGUCAUAUUGUGUGUCACGCAAUGUGGCAUGCAGUAUGUCGUCUAGCUUGACAUGUAGUGUGUCAUGUAGUAUACUGUAUAUCAUGUACUGUAGUGUAACAUGCGGCAUGCAGUAUGUCAUGUGGCUUGGUAUGUAGUGUAACAUGUACCGUAGUGUGACAUGUCAUUUAGUGUUUCACGUAAUGUGGCAUGCACUAUGUCGUGUAGCGUGAUAUGUAGUGUAACAUGUAAUGUGACAUGUCAUAUAGUGUGUCACGCAGUGUGCCAUGUCAUGUAGUGUCAUAAUGUCAUGUAUCACCAUGUGACAUGCCAUGACGUGGCAUGUAGCAUGACACGUAGCAUGACAUGUAGUCUACUGUGUAUUGUGUCAUAUUGUUGUUUAUCAUGUAGCAGAAGUUAAUGAAAAGUUAAUGAAACCUUUCAGAAUAAA